CGCCGCCAUCUUGGAAUCGAGGUUGAGAGUUUGAUUUCGAGUUAUUGGUGCAAAACUUGCAGAAACAUGUCGGAGGAAGAAACUACAUCACUUCAAAAUAUGGAGUUUGGUUCUAUGGAUGAAACUGGACCCCCUAGAGAAGGAAGCUCUACGAUGACUGAGGCACUUGAUGAUAAAGGGAAUACUCUAACAGGAGUGACAAUUCUAUUGGAUGAUGGAACUGAGCUGACUGGAGACAUGGGGUCAUGUGCAGGGGUCAUAGGGCAACCAGUGACAAUAGAAUCUGAAGAAACAAGCCAAACACAGAGUGAAAACCAAACAUUGCAAAGUCUACUGGCGCGCAGCUCUAAUGUGAUAGCAGUUAACCAGGAGGCAGGAGGUCUUGACCAGUUGGAAUACCAGAUCAUCACUGUUCCAAGCUCUGAGCUCCUUACUGCAGAUGGAGGGAAGGUGUGGCAGGUAUUGGCCAAUAACGGUUCAACAGAGGGAGCCACUAUAGUUGCACUAAGUCAAGAUGGCACUCAGAAAUUACAAACAGAUGAUAAGAUUCGGAGUGUAACUGUUGACAGUAGUCAGUUCAUGCCCCCUCCUGCAAUACCACAGUCCUUACCCCCUAACUGUCCCCCCUGGGCCACAAGGCUACGUGAUUGUGAGGCAAUUGGAGAUUCAUAUAGAGGAUGGGUGGAGAGUGAGGUAGAACUGGACUUACUGUUGACUUACCACAAACAGCAAACAAUGAGCUUCUGGGGCACCAGGCAGUCUCCUAGCCCAGCUAAGCCUUCUACCCGUCUCAUGUGGAAGUCUCAAUAUGUACCCUUUGAUGGUGUACCAUUCAUUAAUGCUGGUAGCAGAGCAGUAGUAAUGGAAUGUCAGUUUGGACCCAGGCGGAAGGGGGUGCAAGCAAAAAAACUUGGAUGUACCAUUAUUAGGGAUGGUUUCAAGAAAACCUGUCCAGCAAGAAUAUAUAUUAAAAAGGCACGUAAGUUUCCUGAAUUUGCUGUUAACAUCAACAUUGACAAGAAAGCAUUGAAGUAUGCAAUGGACAAAGCAUUCAUGGAGUUGAAACAGAAUGGUAUAACUGAAAGCAUGGGAGAAGAUAGGUUCUAUGUACAGCUGCCAACUGAGAAGGCCCAUGAUUACCAUUCUAACAAAGUAUCGGAGGAACCAGUUGAAGAGGAAGAACCAAGUAACAGAAUCAACCCUAAGGUUCUUGAGAAAUUGAGGGAAAUGGUGGCAGCGGGGGAAACAAGACUAUAUGCCAUAAGAAAACAAUUAAGGCGAUAUGUUGACAGAGACCUUUAUGAUGGCAGUGGGGAGGUGUAUGAAAAACACAAUCUCUCCUAUUAUCCCUCUGUGAAUGAUUUGCAGAAUCACAUACACCAGGCCCUGAAAGACAUAGAGACUGGGAAGCUUCCAGUAACUGCUCAAACUGUAAAUGUAGAAGUUGUAACUGGAGGACCAAUAAUAGAUGGCGCUAAUGGUCAAGACAUUGCGGCAAUGUGGCAGCCUGAUAUGACGCAACCUCAUGCUGAGACUGUCACUGUCACGCUUACUCAAACACCCGGAGAAGAUGGUCAACAUACAAUUUCCAGAGUCGAGACGCACUUGAGUGAUGGAACCACUCAAAUCACCAACCAACUGACCCCAGAGACAGCUCAACUACUGUCAAGGCUGCAUCCCAACAUGUUCCCCAACACAAGCCAGGAAGGGGAUACGAAUAGUUUAACCCAACCGCAGAUACAACUUCAAAUGGCCAAUAUGGAAUCCCAGCAGGUGGCGCUGGAAGCAGAGCAAUUAAUCGCGGAGGAGAGUAUAUUAAAACCAGAUAGUGAUUCUCAAAAUGACAAUAUUAUUUCUCAACCACACACAGAGACAGUUAUACACCAGUCAGAAAAUGAAGCCUUGCUAAUCCAAAAUGAAAAUGAUGUGAAAUUAGUUGUUUCAACCGAUGUUACAAGCUCAGAGACUGGACUUUUAAUGCAUGUGGAAUCUGAAGAACCAGAAGAGCAUCAAGUGACUUUAUCAUUAGGGACAAUUUAGUUUACAGA